AUGGCUCACUCCCAUCUCUCGAUAGAUUCUCUCCCGAACGAGAUAAUUCUCAAUGUUCUGAGUAAUUUCCCGACUCGCUCGCUGUUGCCCCUUGCUACUGUCUGCCGCCGGUUCUAUGGACUCGUUGGCCGAGUGCACUAUGCACGUCUUGUGGAAACAUCGAGGCUUGAGGAUCACGAAGUGAUUCUCGAAAGCUUUCACCCAAGCGAGAAGCUUAGUACGCCUUCGCUGCACUGCGAAUUCCAAGGGAUGCGUGGACUCGCCGAGGCCGGCGAAGUUGCUGACCUCGGAGAGCUCAACAGCAUAUACGCACGCUUUCGCCCCUGCCUCGACUCCGAAAAGGCAGCAGGACAGAUUGUCCAGAUGCCGUCUCACGAAAUUUCCCUGGAUUGUGGCGAACUCUUCUCCCAACUAUGCACAAUAACCAACCUGGUUAAGGUGGGACCCAGACGCGGCCUAUUUUCCAGCUUUGCCAACAUUACCGAUAACGUGGUUCGUGUAUGGCGUGACUGGUUGAACGAGGCAGCAAAAGCAGCAGCAAGGACGCAACAGCAAGCGGGCUCGGGCUCAGAUGAACGGACCAUCCUCUGGACCGAUUCGUCAAAGACCGUCGGCAUAAGAUUUCGAGUCGUUGAAGAUGAGAGCAUACCAGCACCCGUCCUCUUCGGCCGAUAUGAUGAGCCUUCGGUUUCAUAUUCAUUAGAGUACCAAGAGUUGCUUAUAAGAGCAAACUGGCUACUUCUCAGCUUCGAGUCAUCUGAAACUCAAGAAGAAACUCAUGCAGGUAAAGCAGUCGUAAUUGCAUCCAUGUGA